CUUAGCUCCUGUCUCUGUCCUCCAGACGCCUAUUUCUGGGCGUGCGUGGACCUCUCUCUCUCUCUCUCUCUCUCUGUCUCUCUCUUUCUCUCUCUCUCUCUUACUCUCUUCAACCUAGAACUCGACGCAGAAUAAUGGGCGAGCCGAUCACGCCUAUCCCCGAGCCGCCGGGUCUGCCAUUCAUCGGCAAUGUUGCCGAAAUCGACCCUACGUCUUCCCUCCAGUCCUUCCAGAGGCUCGCCGAUAGAUACGGCGAGAUUGUUCGGAUACGUAUCCCCGGGCGGUCUUUGGUCCUUCUGUCCUCGCACGCCCUGGUCAACGAGGCCUUCGACGAGAAGCGAUUCAAGAAGAGACCCAGUACCGUGCUGAGGGAGAUCCGGGAGGGCGUACACGAUGGACUGUUCACGGCAUAUCUCGAGGAGCCCAACUGGGGCAUUGCUCAUCGGGUCCUGAUGCCUGCUCUCGGACCUAUGGGUGUUCGUGAUAUGUUCGACGAGAUGCACGAUAUCGGCUCGCAGCUGGCUCUCAAAUGGGCGAGACACGGUCCUGAUCAGCAGAUCAACGCGCCCGACGAUUUCACCCGCCUCGCGCUAGACACCGUUGCGCUUUGCUCGAUGGGGUUCCGGUUCAACAGUUUCUACUCCGAGAACUUGCAUCCCUUCAUCAACUCCAUGGCCGAGUUUCUUACAGAGUGCGGCCGGCGGUCUCAGCGGUUACCCCUCCCGUCACUCUUUUUCCGAAGCCAGAAUCAAGCGUUCCAGCAUCACAUCGGCGUGCUUCGCGCCACGGCCGAGGCCGUUCUUAAAGAGCGUGUUAACGACCCCACCAACAGCCGGAAGGAUCUCCUCACGGCCAUGUUGAAGGGGCGAGAUUCGCUCACUGGAGAGAAGAUGACCGACUCAUCGAUUAUCGACAACUUAAUUACCCUCCUGAUUGCCGGGCACGAGACCACGUCCGGAACCCUCUCUUACGCCAUGCACCGUCUAUUAAAGUCACCCGAGACGUAUCGGAAAGUGCAACAGGAAGUGGACGAAGUCGUGGGAAAAGGCCCUGUCACUGUGGAGCAUAUGAGCCAGCUUCCGUACAUUUCUGCUGUUCUUCGGGAAACGCUACGCCUGGAUUCGCCUAUCCCGUUCUUCGGUGUCACGGCCAAAGAGGACACAGUACUCGGCGGCAAGUAUAUGGUGUACGAAGGGGAGUGCUGCCUCGUGCAUCUCGCUAAAUCACACCUCGACCCUACGGUUUUCGAGGAUCCCCUCUCCUUCAAGCCAGAAAGAAUGCUUGAUGAGAAUUUCAAGAAGCUGCCGAAAAAUGCAUGGAAGCCCUUCGGGAACGGUGUUAGAGCGGUAAGCAGGAGUCCCCUACUCCCUAAAACUUCCCGCGUCUUUGCUAACCCUCGCAUUCCACAGUGCCUCGGAAGGCCAUUUGCCUGGCAGGAAGCUGUCCUUGCUAUGGCCAUAAUCUUCCAGAGUUUCAACUUCGUCCUGGCUGACAACGACUACGAGCUCCACCACAAGCAGACGUUGACUAUCAAACCCAACAACUUCUACAUCCGAGCUAUACUCCGGGAUGGACUCGACCCGACCAAACUUGAGCACCGGCUAGCUGGUACUGAAGCCGCACCCCGGAGGCUGGCCGCUCGUGCGGAGAGUAGCGCUCCGAAAAAUCAGGAUCAAUCGAUGACCAUCUUGUACGGCUCGAACAGCGGCACGUGCGAAUCCAUGGCGCAACGGUUGGCCUUUGACGCUGCUUCGCGUGGGUUCAAAGUCUCUACCCUCGACUGCAUGGAUGCAGCCGUCGAAAAGCUUCCCAAGGACGAGCCCAUCGUCAUCAUUACUGCCAGCUACGAAGGAGAGCCCCCUGACAAUGCCGCUCAGUUUGUUUCGUGGGUAUCUAGUAUUGAGGAGAAACUAGCGCUCCGUGGGUCCUCCUACGCAGUCUUUGGAUGCGGCCAUCAUGACUGGUCGCAGACGUUUCAUCGCAUCCCCAAGCUCAUGGAUGGGAAGCUUCACGACCUGGGUGCGGUGAGGAUCGCCGAGAUGGGUCUGGCGGACGCAGGUAAAGAUGAGAUGUUCAUCGUUUUCGAAUCCUGGUUGGAUAACACGUUAUGGCCCUCCUUGGACAAACUGGGGGCCAGCAAGGGGCAGGUGGCGCCGCUGAGCACCCGAGGAAGUUUGCUGAAAGUCACGGUUUUGAACAACCGCUCGUCGAUGCUCAGGCAGAACGUGAGAGAGGCGAAAGUCACGGCCGCCCGACAGCUCACCGCAGACGGCGAGCCGCUGAAGAAACAUAUCGAGAUACAGCUCCCCGCUGGUGCUACUUACCGGUCCGGGGACUACCUCACGGUCCUGCCCAUCAACCCUGCGGAGACUGUGCAGAGAGUUAUGCGGAGGUUUGAAUUGCCGCGAGAUGCGAGCAUUAAAAUCGAAGGGACCGGGAUCAGCCUUCCCACAGACGAGUUGAUCUCCGCCAACAGCAUCCUCGGCGGAUUCGUCGAGCUCUCGCAGCCAGCCACAAGAAGGAACGUACUUGCGCUAGCCGAUGGUACGGAUGACGAGGGCGAUAAAAAAACGCUGAAGAACCUGGCAACGGACGCCUUCGACACCGAGGUAAUCGCUAGGCGAGUAUCGGUGCUCGACCUACUGGAGAAGUUCCCGUCGGUCAACAUACCUCUGGGGCAAUUCCUGUCCAUGCAGCCGCCGAUGCGCGUCCGCCAAUAUUCGAUCUCGUCGUCCCCUCUGGAGGACCCCUCGAUCGCCUCCGUCACAUUUUCCCUGGUGUCGGGGAGAGCAAAGUCGGGACAAGGAGACCACGUCGGCAUCGCAAGCUCGUUUCUGGGCAGUCUCCAAGCUGGUGACAUGCUCCAAGUGUCAGUCAGACCGGCCCAUUCGGCUUUUCACCUGCCAGCAACCCCCGACAAAUCGCCGUUGAUCCUGGUAGCCGCCGGGAGCGGGAUUGCUCCCUUCCGCGGAUUCAUUCAGGAACGCGCCACGAUGAUCAAGUCUGGCCGCAAGGUGGCCCCAGCCGUGUUGUAUCAUGGGUGCCGGAGCCCCGGGGGGGACGACUUGUACGCGGACGAGCUCAAGGACUGGGAGCAAGCCGGUGCGGUGGUGGUUAAACGAGCUUUCAGCAAGGCCUCGGAGAAAUCGGGCGGCUCCAAGUACGUUCAGGACGUCGUCUGGGCCGACCGCAAAUAUUUCCUCGAGCUCUGGGGGAAGGGCGCACUGCUAUAUGUCUGCGGGUCGCGAAAGGUCAGCCACGGAGUCGAGGAGACGGUCCUUCGGAUACAGAAAGACGCUGCGGAGGAAAAGGGCGAAGAUUUCAACGACGAACAAGCGAAGAAGUGGUGGGACGAGCAGAGGAAUGUCAGGCAUGCCACUGAUGUGUUCGACUAGAGCGCUCGUGCUAUAUUAAUUAUGCGGGAGCGGAAAAGAAGGAGAAGAGGCUAGAAUAAAGGAAAGAUGCGAGGAGUUGAAAUUA